GCUGGUCUUGUCCAGCCCACAGAGGCUCGGAUGAGGAAGUAGCUCCGCCGACACCGUACGUGCACUGUCCAGAACAGCUACAAAAAUUGUCCCUGGAGUCCCGGCAGCCAUGAAGCUUCGACUGCACUUUGUGGUGGACCCCAUGGGAUGGCUGUGCAUCAGCGUUGGGAUCUGGCUCUACAACUCCGUCUUCAUUCCUAAGCUGGUUCUGCUUCCACACUACAAUGAGGGACACAUCCCAUGGGCCAUUGUUGUUUGUUAUUACGUAGCAUCAGCGCUCUGCGUAGUGGCCCUCUUCAGAGCUUCCACUGCAGAUCCCGGUCGUCUUCCUGUGGACCCCCACAUACCUCACUCUGAACGAGAACACUGGGAGUUGUGCAAUAAGUGCAAUCUAAUGAGACCUAAAAGGUCCCACCACUGCAGUCGCUGCGGACACUGUGUCCGCAGGAUGGACCACCACUGUCCCUGGAUUAAUAACUGUGUAGGGGAAGACAACCACUGGCUCUUCCUGCAGCUCUGUUUCUACACUCAGGUCCUCAGCUUGUUCACAGUGGUGUUGGAUUUUUGCCAGUACUAUUAUUUCGAGCCACUGUCAGAACUAGACCAGGAGAAGUUUACAACUCGUCAUGAACUGGCGCUACUGCGAGUCUCAGCGCUCAUGGGUGUGGUCAUGUUUGGUGGCAUGACGAGCUUGUUUUACACCCAGGUGACCGGCAUCUUGUCUGAUACUACCACCAUAGAGAAAAUGGCUCAUUUCUCAAAUGAAAUAUAUGGCUCAAAGAGAUCCUGGCAGUGGGCACUUGCCGAAGUGUGUGGCACUCGCUGGAAGCUCCUCUGGCUCAUUCCGCCCACAAAACACGAACCACCCCCUUUUGCCACCACUCCCGAACCCCCGUGUAGGCCGGCAGAGUAG